AUGCUGGUCCAGGUCAUCAGAGAGUCCACGGGCAGGUUCGCGACCAUCGCCUUCGCCCACCUGUUCGGGACGUCCAUCGAGGCCGAGUGCAAGGCGUGGCGGCUGGCCGCGGACGUGCUCUGCGACGUCGCCAUGGUCCUCGACUGCCUCUCGCCCUUCUUCCCUCACGGCGUCAGGUUCCUCGUGCUGUGCUUCUCGAGUCUGCUGUACUCGGCCAGCGGCGUCGCGGGGAACGCGUCCAAGAGCAGCCUCAGCGGCCACUUUGCCAAGUGGAACAACCUCGGCGAGCUCAAUGCUGUAAGCGAUGGCGAUGUAGCUUUGAAGCGCAGCCUAUCCUCCUGCUUUGAGUCUAUCCAACAGAAAGACGCCAGCCAAGAAACGGCCAUCUCUCUAAUUGGAAUGAUCUCUGGCACAUUCGUGGUCUCGCUGCUCACAGACCAAAGAGCCACAUGGGCGACGCUCAUCUUUUUGCUGGCACUCCAUCUCUUCCUGAACUGGAAGGGCGUCAGAGCGGUAAAGUCCCGCUCGCUCAACCGGCAGCGGGCCAACAUUGCAUUCUCGGCCCUGUUCUCCAAGGGCCAGGUCCUCACGCCUCAUCACGUCGCCGAGAGGGAGCGCAUCUUCGAAAGGCGCGGGGGCGAGGUAUUCCGCUGGAACUCGGGCGCGGUCCUCGGCCAUUGCAAGUACGGCGUGUCUCUCCAGUCCCUGCUCGAGGCUCUGGCCAGCGGUGGCGGCGGCGGCAGGGAAAGAUGUUUCCGUCUCGCGACGGUGGACUUGUCCACGCUGCUCCGUCGCUUCGAGAAGGAGGAGUACGUCCUCUGGUGCGUGGUCUCGGAGCGGACGUCGUACGACGCAGCGUCGAGGGUCAGGGUCAUGGUCGUGCUCAAGGACGGGGUAUCGCCCAAGUCGCAGCUGAAGGCCUGGUUCCACGGGCUGCUGCUGGCGAGGCGGCUCAGCGGCCAGAGGGAAGACGACCUGGCCCAGGCCGGGCUGGACCAGCUGGUGAUGCUGCACCACAUCGAGGCGAGCCUGGAGAUCGCAAGCGAGAAAUACGAAGAGUACGCGAGGAGGCUCUGCUUCGCGGGCUGGAACCUCGACGUGUCCGUGCUGGAGACCCGAUCAGGUUCUCGGAUCGUACGCGAGCCUGACGCAACGGAGGCGCUCAGAGUUCAUGCGGAGGAACGGACGAUCUAG